CUUCGUGUAAUUGCUUCACUAUGGAUUUGGCUUAGGCUACAUUCAUUCAACACGUAACGUCAAGGCGCACUUCUAGCACGUGUUCUUACUUAACUUAGCUUCCUGACCAUACCAGAGUACAGUUUUUCACUAAAUACUCGGAAAUCUUUGCAACAUUGUUCCGUAUCCAGAGGAAUACGACAGGCUCCGUUGUACUGGACCAUGGCAGGUCUUUGGAGGUCCUAUCAGGCUCUGAUGUCCAAACAUCCAUGGACAAUUCAGAUUAUCACAGCUGGCUCUCUGGUGGGAGUGGGCGAUGUCAUCUCCCAGCAGCUGAUCGAGCGCCGAGGCCUGGCCAACCACAGCGUGCGCCGGACCGCCAAGAUGAUGAGCAUUGGCUUUUUCUUUGUAGGUCCAGUUAUAGGCAGUUGGUACAGAGUCCUAGAUAGGCUGGUUGUUGGAGAGACCAAAAGUGCUGCCCUGAAGAAAAUGGUUUUAGACCAGGUGGGCUUCGCCCCGUGCUUCCUGGGGGUGUUCUUGGGCAUCUCUGGCACUCUGAACGGGCUGACUAUAGAGCAGAACGUGGCCAAGCUGAAGAGGGACUAUACAGAUGCCUUGGUCGCAAAUUACUAUCUGUGGCCUCCAGUCCAGAUAGUCAACUUUUAUUUUGUACCACUACACCACAGAUUGGCGGUGGUUCAGAUUGUAGCAGUGAUUUGGAACUCGUAUCUCUCCUGGAAGGCCAACAAGAUGUGACGAGUGGCUCCAGAAAUUGUGCUACCUCAUUAGUGUGACCAUAAUGUGUUUUAGGCUGUCAUUGUAGACAGCGUUCUGUGGUCACUUACACAUCUCUGCAGAGGCAGAGGUGACGACCCAGUAGUUCAGCAAUUCAGUUUAUCAAUGAAAGAAUUGUAUUUAAAAGAUCAUGCUUAUUUUUGUAAUUAACACUUUCUCCUGCAUGACUGGAAUUCACUAGACACUAGCAUCUCUCUGUGUUAUGUAAGGCAUAUUCAAUGCAUGUUAUUAUGAUCCUUAAAGUCUCUUAUCAAGUUAUACCAAUAAUUUAGUUUUAGGCUACUUAUGGUAUGGUACUUAUGGUAGCCUAAGCAAGAUGGGUGUUUAGUCCUUCGGGUAAGGACAGUAUAGUUGUCAUGGGCCCUGACCAUAAUGUACUUUUGUCUUUUCAUUGAGAGCAUACAUGAGCGUUAAUGCAUAUGCAUUUAAUUAAAACAAUUACUUGGAA